GGCUCUUCGUACGCCUCUCGUGGCUGGUCACUGUAUCCCCUUUCCUGUUCAUCCUCCCUCUAUUUACCAGGCCCUGUGCUUGAAGUGUCUGUCGUUUCUCACGUUACAUCACCCAACAUGGACAGGACAGCAAUCGCCAACUAUGUUUUCGAACACACAUCAAUAAUCACAAGUCAUCAAGAGGCUGCUCUAUCUAAUUGUUUGGAUGCUGCUUUGAACAACCCUCAUAUUAGCAAAGUCGACCUUCUUGCCUCGAUACCGUUAUCUAGCAACACUGCUCUCGCCUCAUUACGACUACUCACAUCCUUACUAGCCACACUCCCUGGAUCGUGGCCGACGUUCGAUCUUUCAUGCUGUUUCUCAAGGUUAUGGAACCUCCUGCCAGAGGAUGUGAAAUCUGGUAAAGACACACAACACAGUGCUCUAUUAGACACAUUAUCACGACAGAUGAAGAGCACGUAUUCCGAUGUCUGCUCUUUGCUACCCGAAUCAGAAACACCGGCAAUCUAUGGCGCAUUGUCUUCAAAUCCAUUAAGUCACAGAAGGUUGCACCGCUUCGUGAGGAACUUUAGUCUGCCCUCCAAGAAGACUUCUGGAUCUAGAACAGUCGUUGCGUUGGCUCUACCUAACGGCCCGGUACUCGGACUGGCCCUUCUCGCCACUGCAACCUACUACACAGCAGCACCCGUAACAGUGGCCUCAGGACCGGAGCAGUUCCAGAGCGAUGUUAUGCAGGCAGGAGCUAGCAUAGUACUAGUCACUAAACCGGAUGUGCAGAGACUUGGAUUGGAUGGUGCCUGGAUCCGCGAGGCUGGUAUCGAAGUAAUCCUGGUUGAGUCCAAGGAAGACUCAACUUUUGACAUGACAUAUAGCAAUGGAUCUCCUGCUAUUGCCAGUUCAAAGUCUACACCCAACGGAUCUGACGACAUCGCACUCGUACUAUUCACAUCGGGCACUUCUGGCAAGAAGAAGGUUGUCCCUUACACCGUACACACCAUCAUUUCUGGCGUAGGGUUCGUCAUUGAGUCAUGGGGACUAACCAAGGACGAUAUCUGCAUCAACAUGAUGCCCCUAUUCCACGUUGGUGGUAUCGUCAGAAAUCUGUUCGCUCCUAUCAUGGCCGGUGGCUCCACAAUUUGCUGCCCAGCAUUCGAUGCCAACCUGUUUUGGGACGUGGUAGAAGACCUACAACCGACCUGGUACUACGCGUCACCUUCGAUGCACUCCGUCAUCCUAGAGGAGGGCCGCAAUCGUCCUACGGCACUGCAGAACAGCAAGAUGAGACUGAUCUGCAACGCAGCCGGUGGUCUUCUGCCCUCACUUGCAAUCACACUACGAGACACUUUCGACUGUAUUGUCCUUCCCAGUUACGGUAUGACAGAAUGCAUGCCGAUCUCAAGUCCGCCUCUCAACUAUCAGCUGGAUAGAUCUGGCACUUCUGGUAUCAGCGUCGGCCCAGACAUGGCCAUUCUCGAUGGCAACGACAACAGGCUCCCCAUUAACACAGUCGGCCAUAUCGCCGUAAGAGGUGCACCUGUAUUUGGUGGAUAUCUCAAAGAUAACGAUGUACUUGACACCUCAUGCUUCACCGUCGAUGGCUGGUUUGAUACUGGUGACAUGGGGUAUCUGGAUGCAGACGGAUACCUUUACGUGACUGGUAGAAGCAAGGAAGUCAUCAACAGAGGUGGCGAGCUGAUCUCACCUUUCGAGAUCGAGGAAGCUGUUGUCACUGCUGCUAAGCGUCCAGGAAACCCUCUUUUCGGCCGUGUCUCCACAGCUCUGGCCUUCUCCAUGCCUCACGACGUUCUGCAGGAAGUCCCUGGCGUGGUUCUUGUUACUCCAAUUGGUGCUCGUCGCGCCGACAUCAAGACCGUUCAAGAGGCCCUGAAAGACUCCUUGAGCCAAGUCAAGUGGCCCAGCUAUAUUGUCUACAUGGAUGAUCUCCCCAAGAACAAUAACAAGGUCCUUCGCAUCAAGCUUGCAGAGCGUCUUGGUUUGAGCGAAAUCACGGACAUGACGCCUCUGGCAGACCGCCACUUCGAAGCAGUCUGCCCUCCCGUAAACACCCCUCUCAGCACUCGUAUUGGCGGUUCAGUGUGUUCAUUCGAUGCAGCUUUUGUGUCCCGAAAGCUGUCGUCCGUCUUCGGCAUGGACAUCGACAUUGCUGUGAGAAAGGCAUCUCACGAUGGCUACCCGGAGGCUUUCCUCGCCCCUCGCAAGAACUCUACCAUCACACCCGUCAUGUCAAGCUACCCCAGCUUCGAUUCUCUCCUUCGUGCCGAGCUCGAUGGUUACAAUAUCCCUAGCAAGCUCCAUUGCCUAGACGUGCCUCUACCUAGAGACAGAGAGGGCUCCCUUGACACUGCUCAAUUAGAGACACUGAUCGAAGCUGGACCUGAUGAAAUUGAUGGCGACAUGACCGCGACCGAAGCCAAGAUUGCUGAAGUCUUUGUCCGUAUCCUUUCGUGUGCCGCUUCCGAGCUUACUCCUGAGUCGGACUUCUUCGCUCUAGGUGGUGACAGUCUUCGUGCCGGUCGCCUGUUGUCUGAGCUUCGCAAAGAGUUCAAGGUCCGCCUGCCCAUCGACCUGCUCUUUGUACACAGCAAGAUCAGCGCCCUGGCAAUGAAUAUCGACGACAUGCGUGGUCCUACCGACGAGAAGCAUAGCGCUGCUGAAGUCGAGCAGGCCCCUGUAAACCUUGGCUGCGAGAAGACAUACAGCUCCACCAAUCCCCUCGUCCUCUUGAUCCAGCUUUUCCCUAUCGGCUUGCUGUAUCCUAUGAAGCGUGCCUUGACUUGGACAUGCUUCAUGUACAUGCUCAGCGCUACUCGUGACUGGGUCACUUCGACUAGACUGAUUGGCCGUCUCUUCAACUUGAUGCUCUCUCUUGGUAUCGCAAAGGCAAUCACUCUGAUUGUCUGCCCUAUCCUUGCCAUCUGCCUAAAGUGGAUCAUCAUGGGCACUUAUAAGGAAGGCAUGUAUCCUAUGUGGGGUCCGUACCAUACACGCUGGUGGGUCACCGACAAGAUCAUCACUAUCCUUGGAAAGGGUGUCUUCGGACAGUCCGAACUCAGCACUAUUUGGUACUACCGUCUCAUGGGUGCAAAGAUCGGCAAGGGUGUCAAGAUCGCGAAGCGUGCCAUUAUUCGCGAAUUCGAUCUCGUCACUCUCGAAGAUGGAGCAAACUUGGACCCGUGUAUCUGCAGAGGCUUUGGUGCUGAGCAGAACACCAGCAUGUUCCUUGGCCAUGUUCGUGUAGGCAAGGCAGCAAGUGUCGGUCUGGCAUCCAUCGUCGCGCCUGGAACCUCAGUGCCUGACAAUGCAUGCAUUGGUCCCAACUCCUCCAGCUGGGAGACCGAUGACGCAAGCGAAGAGUUCCGUGAUCUGUCUUCCAGCAAGAUUCCUGGCGCUCACCCUGUCCUGUCUUUCUUGUUGAUCACUCCCAUCUCGCUGCUUGUCACGCUUUGCAAGAGCGGUCCUUGGAUUGGUGGUCUCGUCGGUCUGGUCCUCACGCGACCAAAGCCCAGUGCGGACAAGGUUCAGUCGAUUAUUUUGUGGUUUGCCGUUCCCCAUCGUAUCGGUUGGCACUUCGCCGCAAAGAUCUUCGGUGCUGGCGCAGCUCCUCUGGCAUGGUUCGUUGCCGUUUGGACAAUCAAGAAAGUUUUGGACAUGAGCAUCGGUAAACUUACCCCAGGCCCGGCCCAGUCCAGAUCCCAGGCUCAGCGUUUCCGAAUGGCCGUGCUCAAAACCAUCGCACCACCUGCCGCUUUCCACAAGCUUACUGAGCUAUUUGGUGGUCACUACGAGGCUACGUCAGUAUUCUAUCGUGCAAUGGGUGCCAAGGUUGGACAACGUGUCUAUUGGCCAGGAACUGGACCUUCGUUCCAAGAUUUCGACCUUCUCGACAUUGGCAGUGACAUUGUCUUCGGGUCUCGCUCUCAUCUUGUCACCUCCGAUGGUACUGGCAGUGAUUACGUCCGUGUUCAGGAUGGUGCUAUGAUCUCGGACCGUGUGGUGCUCCUGCCCGGUGUCACCGUUGGCAAGAAGAGUGUUCUGGGUAGCGGUGCCUUGACUCGCAGAAACAAGUACUACGAGCAGGAGACCGUAUGGGUUGGAAGCAAGGCCGGCGAGGCCGUCUGCCUCAGUGGCAGCAAGCGCCCUACUACCUCGGAUACUGACGACGUGCAGCACGGCAUGCCCGGCUUGAACAGCACAACCAACUCCAGCAGUGUUACUCUGAACGUGAAGCAGAAGGCGGAUUACGAGAAGGCAAUCCAGGAAGGUGUGCUUAGUAGCAGCUCAUCGAUGACAAUGGUGGAGAGGGAAAAAGCAUCCGCGUCAUCGUCGCCUUUCGGUCGUGCCUUCUACGAUGGCCAAGCACCCUACCACGUUUUCGGCCCCUGGACCAUCUUCCUCUACUCGACCUUCACAACCAUCUUCGUCUCUUUCUACUGGAACAUUUCUUCCAUCGGCGCUCUGCAACUUGUCGCUAAGCUGAUCAAGACAUCGGACCCCGUCUCUCAACCCGACACCCCCUUCCGCCCCGUACUCAUCUUCGCCCUCUUUGCCGCCUUCAUCGCCGUCCUCCACACUUUCCAGGCCAUUCUCGCUUUGGCCAUGGUCGUCGCUGCCAAGUGGAUCUUGCUUGGUAAACGCCAGGUUGGUAACUACGACUGGGACAAGAGCAGCUACUGUCAACGUUGGCAGUUGUUCCUCACAAUCGAGAAGAUCCGUCGCCAGUGCUACGGUGGCGCCGGUGUUGUUGGUCUCCUUACCGGCUCUCACUACGCCGUCAUGUACUUCCGCGCCCUCGGUGCUACUAUUGGAAAAGAUUGUUCCCUCUUCUCAGGUGGUCUGCCUUCGCUCAUGUUCACCGAGCCUGAUCUCCUCACCCUUGGUGACCGUGUUGCCGUCGACGAUGCAUCCCUGGUCUCUCACAUCAACUCUCGUGGUGUCUUCAAUCUGAACCCUCUGAUUGUUGGUGACCGCAGCGUCUUGAGAAGCGGCUCUAGAUUGCUGUCCGGUGCCAACAUGGGUCAAGACGCUACCCUGCUCGAGCACACUCUCGUCAUGGCUGGUGAUAUCGUCGACGAUGGAAUCACUUACCAAGGCUGGCCCGCUGAGGGCUUCGAAGGCCUCCGUGCACCUCUUCGCAAGGGUCCUGUCACCUUUGUGGCCGAGGCCUAAGACACUCUCUCCCACUUUUUCGUUUUCAUUUCCUAUUUUGUUAUAUGCGUUUCUCGCCUUUCACAGGCUUAUACCCUCACGCACACGUCGCUUUCCAUUUUGUAUCUUCUUUAGCGAACCACAGCCUGUUUUCUUUUUGUCAAUACAACACAUCAUGUGUCAUCUCAUAGCCAGUUGUCUUGGGUCGCUUUUGAGCGUUGGGUGUUUACAUAUAGAGUGGCCAUCAUAUAGAUCAAUAUCACGAACUGUUCAUACUUCAACAAGAU